AUGCUUAUCAUUUUAGCUAGUGUAAUAAUUUUAUUCAGUUUAAUUACCUAAUAUAUUUCAGAAACACUUUAGGAAUCUUCAGAACUUAUAUUCGAUCUCUAUUCAAAAAGAUAAUAAGAUAUAGCUAAACAAAGUUUAGAAAUAUUUUGGGUUACAUUUAUUCACUCCGGUAUUAAUUAUUGAUAUCCUGAAGUAUCUUAGCCAUUAAUAUCUUUGCACAGACUACACAAUUAUUAGUAGCUUCUAAAUAAUUUGAAAGUGAGUUAGAAGGAAGCAAAUGAAAUUUGUUUCCUUAACCCAUUAAUCGAAGUAAUUUUUAUGCAAACCAAUUAGAUUGAUAUACCUUGCACUUGCCAUCUUAAUUAAUCAAACAUCAAUCUGAGUCAGGAAAAUCAUAAGAACAUGCUUUAGAAUUUGAUGUAAUUUUAAACAGCAUUGCCUACUCAUAUGUUUGGAGUUCAAUAGUAUAUUGGGUUUUUUGAAUAUUCAUAAGAACUCUUUUAAUAUCCUUGUUUAGAUUUCAGAAAUUACUAAAGGUAUGAUCCGAAGAGCAGACCAUGGUAUAUUGAAGCUCAAAAGGCAUAUAAUUUAAGCAAUUUUACAGAAUACUCUGUUCGAUUAACUGGUCAUUAUAGAAGUAAUAAAUAAAUAUAUAUUCAUCAGCCAUUCCUUUUAAUGAUAUUAGAUUCUCUAUUACUUUGCCUUUAAUUAAUUUCAAAAAAAGUAUGAUAGGAGCUUUGCGAGCUCAUAUUAAAUCAACAAUAUUAUAAGAAAUAAUUCACAGGAGUUCAAAUAAAACUAACCUAAUAUUAACUACAAAUGAAGGAAUGUUAUUAGUAAGCAACUUGUUAAAUAAUACUGAAUAUGAAUUAGGAACAGACUACUUUUAUAAUGAAACAAAAACUGGUUUUAAUAUUGAAGAUUGGCAAGCCUUAAUCUAUUCAAAUUAGAGUAAUUGUGAUCAUGUUGAUAUUGGAUUUAUUUGUCGACAAAAUAAAAUAGACAAGUAGGAUUAUUAUAUGACUCAUACUCCCUUAAAAUAGUAUAAUUUAAAAAUUAUUCUGUAAAUAUAUUCUUAUAUUCGUAUCUAGAUACCAAACUAAAUUUGAAUAUUAAUAGUAUGUCAAAGAGCAGUAAAAGUAGAUGAAAACUUAAAUACAAGAAAUCUUGAUAAAAGGAAUGGCCUUUAUAAUUCUAAUAGCAAUUGCAAUGUCAUUAUUAUCUUCGCUUUUCUUAGGGAAAAUGCUAAAACCUUUAUAAGAAAUUGCAAGAAUUUUCCAGAUAACGAAACAUUCUUCUUCUCAAUCUAUUACUUAAAGAUUCUUAAAAUUUAAAUUAUCAAAUAAUUAUGCUGGAAUUUUUAAGAAACCUGGUUGCUUUAUAUCUAAGGAUAUUGUCUUAUUUUGUUAAUGUGUACAAUAAUUUAUUACUAACUUUUCAACGACAAAAAAGAAGUCAAAUAGGAUCUAUGAACAAUUGGAUUCAAUUUAAUACCCUCUAAAAGGAGAUUAAGAUUAAUUUGAGAUUAUAGAUUACUAUCAAUAAUAAAUCUUAAAUAAUAAAUUCACAGAUUAAGAAAUCAACAAGAAAUUUAUAAAAAAUUUAAUAACAACCUGUUUAGUGGGUUCCACUUUGAAGUAAUACUGA